UUGUGGCCACCAUUCUUGGGGUCGAAGCUUUAUCACCGAGAAACCUUUGAGUUUGUUUAUAGGUCAUUGGCCACACUAACCGUAUAUCCAACUCUUAGUCGACGAAACAUGUCUAACUUACAGUUGUUGCGCGAGUUCUUGAAUAAGCGUUUGACCGCAGCUGCUGUGGAGAUAUUUGGGGCCGUUGAGAAAACAUUAACGGCGUAUCAAGACGAAAAUGAUCGCCUACGAAGAUUGCUGCGGAUGUCACCGGACAUACAACUAUGUAGAACAGACUCCCUGCAGUUCUCUCUAGCUGUCUCAGAAGAGGAGGUUCCCCCUGACAAGCAGCACUGUGAGGCAGAGUGGCACCUAGAAACCAUACAUAUUAAAGAGGAACAAGAGGAACCUGGGACCCUUCAGUCAGAGGAGCAGCUUCAAGGGCUGGAUGCAGAUAGUCUGGAGUUCAGAUUCCCUCCGUCCUGUCUGGAGAGUGAUUACGAUCAGGACUACCCAAUUUGUUCCUUGACUUCUGCCCAAACCCAGACUGUGGGGGAUAGAGAGAGUGACUCAAAACCAGUGGAUGUAACUCCUUUAGCCACUGUUACACACCUAAAGUGUCUCGACGUUGCCUGUGAUCCUCCUGAUUAUCAGACCAGUGCCUCCAACCACAGCUCUGCUAUGAGCAGUCAUCCAGUAAGAGUUGAUGGCAGCCUGCCACUGGAUCUCAACCCACCAAUGGGAGAACAUUGUUCUAAACCCAGCACAAUGGCUAGAAAACAACCCCGCCACUGUAGUGAACUGUUGGCUCUGAAAGGUGACCUUAGAGGACAUGUGAAUCAAGCCAAGAAGAGACUCAGCGAAUGUUGCUUCUGUGAGAAAAGAUUCAACUCCACUGGGGAACUGAAAGCCCAUGUACGACUGAGCCAUGUGGAGAAACCCUGCGCCUGUCCAUAUUGUCGGAAGACCUUCAAAAUCAAAGGACAUCUUUCCAGGCACAUGAGGAUUCACACAGGAGAGAAACCAUUUAACUGUGGGGACUGUGGAAAGAGCUUCAAUCAAAAGGGGCACCUAAUCAAACAUUUAAGGACUCACACAGGGGAGAAACCAUUUAGCUGUGGAGACUGUGGGAAGAGAUUCACUCGCAGGGAUACCCUUAACUUGCACAUACUGAAUCACACAGGGGAGAAAUUAUUUAGCUGUAAUUUUUGCAGUAAACGAUUCAGCCAGAAGGGGAUUCUUACCAAACAUUUACGGACCCACACGGGGGAAAAACCUUUUAGCUGUGGCGACUGCGGGAAAUGUUUUCUCCAUAAGGGGGAUUUAAGGAGACACAUAUUGACUCACACUGGAGAGAAACAUUUAACUGUGGAAAAGCUUUAAUUGCAAAGACAACCUGAACUUGCCCAUUCUGACUGGAAUAGGAGAGAAUGUUCACAAAUAAUGAAAUUAAACUAGAAAAUACCAUUACAAAGUAAAUAUGGCAUGCUUUGCUCACUGUAAAACAAAGUUUGUAUGGAGUCACUAGCUUAAACGGUCGAAGAGGUACUGAUUGUUGGUUCAUUUAUAAGUAUGCAAGAUGAUAGUAGAUAUGUUUUUAAUAAUUACCUAGCUAUACUGGAAACUGGAUGGGAGAAUAUUUCAUAACACUUGUCUGCACUCCAGAUUGCCAAAUCAGCUAGUUAUCAGUACAGCUUUGAGCUAGAAACAUAAUCUUUACCAAGUAGAACAUGGUUUAACUCCUGUAUUGUAAGUGCAGUUUUUGCGAUUUUUGUAAACUACACUACUUGGCUACAAGUAUGUUGACACCCCUCCCUAUCUGCCAGGUAAAUAAAAUCGAGCAUACAUCCAUGCAAUUUCUAUAGACAAACUGGCAUAGAAUGGCCCAUACUGAAGAGCUCCGUGACUUUCUCUCAACCAUUCAAAAUUUGCUUGUCAAAUUUAAGUGUUCAUAUUGUGAAGUGCAAAAGUCUAGGAGCAACAUCUCAUCCAAGUGGUAGGCCAGACAUGCUUUCAGAACAGGACCAGAGAGUGCUGAUCUGUCCUUUGUUGCAAUACUGUCUACCAAGUUCCAAACUGCCUGUUUAAGCAAUGUCAGCACAAGCUGAUGGUCGGAAUCCUUGUAGUUUAUCUACUUCUCACAUGCUACCAUUGACUGGUAGUAUUGUGAAAAUGUUCUAGGUACCUAGCCACAGAGGUCCAAAUGUGUCUGGGUAACCAGUCUGCAGGGGGCGCGUUACAGUCAAUUUUGUAGGUGAUUUAUCUACAAAAUACACUUAAUGAAAUGUCUCUGUGAAGAAGGUUAUUUUCUAUAUAACUAAACGCCAGUCUAGUGUUCCAGCUAUACUUUGUCAAUUUCUCCGUUACCUUAUCUGGGUAUUGAACGCAACAGGGGUAUUUCAGAAAGCAGGGUCAACAUACUUCGAGUUUAAACAACAACUGACGCUGAGCAGUCAAUCUCAGAGUUGACGGUUUCAGAACAGGUGGUAACAGUUAGUUCAGUCAAUCUCAGAGUUGACGGUUUCAGAACAGGUGGUAACAGUUAGUUCAGUCAACUCUGAGUUAAGUUAACCCGUAAAGUAAAGCACAUGCACGAGGAGAUAAAAAGCCCUAAUCAAUGGAACACAGAUAACAUGAUUCACCAUGGCAACAGGAGAAAAAGGUCUCGAACCCUCUACUUCUCCCGAGUGGACUUAGAAAUAUUAAUGAAUGCAUUUUCAGAAUAUGAGUAUAUAUUCAAGAAAACAAGCAAUACAGUAGCAGCAGCAAAAGAACGAGAGCGGGCGUGGCCACAAAGUUGCUGACCGAGUCAAUGCGUGAGUAUUAAUUGAAAAAUUAUCUUGAGUGUUCAACUCAUUAAACAUUUAUAUGUGUGUAUUGGGUGUAAUAUUUAUGCAGGUGCAACCCAACAGGCACAAAACUAACGUAGCAGCAACUGGAUGGAAUAAAAAUAUUUCAGUACAAGCAAUUGUGAUGUUGUUUACCCUCCCCUACCAAAUUAAACCGCUUACAUUCAACAUGUUAUAAGUGACAUUUUCUAAGCAAGAAAAAGUACAAUUGUCACCCAUUUCAACACUGCCAGUAUUUAAUAUUAUCUGUUUAAAAGUAACACCUAAAUGCCUUUAUGCAUUCAAGUCUCCAGAUUUGUGCUUACUGGACAUGUUGAGAUUGGUCCUCCAUUAAAGCCAAUAGAAAAAAGUCUGAUGGCUGAAAAAAUAGUGGGGGUCCAACAGAGGCUGUAGAGAUGACCUCAGUCAAAACUGGUGGGGGUCAACCACCGCCACUCACAGAGGCUGUAGAGAUGCCCUCAGUCAAAACAGGUGGGGGUCCACCACCACCACUCACAGAGGCUGUAGAGAUGCCCUCAGUCAAAACAGUGGGUGACCUAUUGCUGAAAGCAUCUCUGGAGGAACCUCAUCAGACCCAACCACCCCCCAGGACACGAGGGCCGAUAAGACAAUGAUGAAUCUUUGUAAAAGUGAAGUUAGUCAAGAGUAGAGAUUUAAAGGAAAGGCAGGUGAUCCAAAACUUACCAUCUCAUCUGUGAAGCAUUGUGGAGGUUCUGUCAUGUCAUGGCUGACUCUAAAAUGGGACCAAUCAACUGUAUUGAUGAUGUAACGAAUGAGAGCAGCAUUAGAAUGAAUUCUGAAGACUACCACUACACGAGUGCCACCAGACUCACUGGGGGCGGUGCUUACCAAUGCAACAGGACAAUGACUCAAAACACACUGCCAACACAACCAAUGUAGUUCAUCACAGAGAAAAAGUGGAAGGUUUUAGUUUGGUCAAGCCAAUGUUAUUUCAUAGUCUUUUUUACCCUUUUCCACAUUGUAAAAUAGUGGUGAAGAUAUCAAAAUGAUGAAAUAACACAUAGAGAUUCAUGUAACCACAAAAGUGUUAAAAAUAUCAAAUUAUUAUUACUGUGUGUACUGUAGUAGUCCAUAUUAUGGCAAGGUCAGAUCAAAUAUGCAGUCCAUAAGUUUUUUAAGACAUGAAGGUCAGUCAAUCCAAAAUAUUUUAAGAAUUUAGAAAGUUACAUCAAGCACUGUGAUGAAACUGGCUCUCAUGAGGACCGCCACUGGAAAGGAAGACCCAGAGUUACCUCUGCUGCAGAGGACAAGUUCAUUAGAGUUACCAGCCUUAGACAUUGGCAAUUAACUGUACCUCAGAUUGCAGCCCAAAUAAAUGAUUCAGACUUCAAAUAACACACGUAUCUCAACAUCAACUAUUCAGAAGAGACUGCAUGAAUCAGGCCUUCAUGCAGGGCCAUAAAUCUGAUAGCAACUUUGGAGGGGUCAAUUACAUGACAAUCUUUUGAAACUUAAAAACGCGCUGUUAAGUGUCGAUAAUCAGCACAGGUGCUUUCGUUGAGUCAUAUGAAUGUUAUUGAAAUUACAUAGUUAUGCUUACAGUGAUAUAUUGAGGGGGAUUUCUGCCUAUGCCUUCAUGGUCAAAUUGCUGCAAAGAAACCACUGCUGCAGGACCAAUAAGAGAUUUGCUUGGGCUAAUAAAACAUAAAGAAAUGACAUCAGACCAGUCUGUCAAUCUUUUGGUUCCAGCUGCCAAGUGGGUGAGUGGAUGAUCUCAGCAUGUGUGGUUCCCACUCUGAAGAGUGAAGGAAAAGUGCUCAGCCUAUGUUGAAACUCCUUCAAGACAGUUGGAAAUGCAUUCGAGGUGACCAUCAUGAAGCUUGCUGAGAGAAUGUCAAGAGUGUGCAAAGCUUUCAACAAGGCAAAGGGUGGCUACUUUGAAAAAUCUAAAAUGAAAUUGUAUU